AUGCUACACAGUGAAAAUCAGGACGACUUAUGUCUCAAUAAGAUCUUCACCAAAGAUCGAGAAGUUGGCAACGAAGCAGUCUGGUCGGUAUCAUCAUGUAAACCAGGCCUAGGAAUUCAUCAGUUAUUAGACAAUAGCUAUGAAACUUAUUGGCAAUCAGAUGGUUCACAGCCGCAUCUCAUCAACAUUCAGUUCUUUAAAAAAACUUAUAUAAGCUGUCUAAAAAUUUACACAGAUUUCAAGCUGGACGAAAGUUACACACCCAAAGAGAUUUCUGUUCGUGUCGGCUUGCAUGAUCAUGAUUUACACGAAAUACAUAAAAUGGAAUUAAACGAGCCAGAUGGUUGGAUAACCAUCCCACUAAAUAUUAGAGCAUUCCUAUUGCAGCUAGCUAUACUCUCAAAUCAUCAGAAUGGACGUAAUAGCCAUCUUCGACAGAUUAAAGUAUGUGUACCUGCUGAUAGCGAUUAUAUAUUCAAUCAUAAGUAUAGUAAUAAUGAAAUGAGAUCUUAUGCAAUGGAUCGAUGA